ACAAAGGCAGCAUGGGGUACCUCGGUCCACAAGGAGACAAUGGCUUUAAGGGCAAACCCGGUUCUAUGGGUGUCCCUGGGAGGACAGGACCAAAGGGAGAACAGGGUGCAACUGGACCGCAUGGCGGCCGAGGUUACGCUGGAUAUCCUGGCCUUCCGGGCUCAUAUGGACAAAAAGGUCUCAAAGGCUUGCAAGGCGUUCCAGGACCAAAAGGCAAACCAGGCCUGCCUGGCAUACCUGGUGCUCCUGGGCCCCGGGGUCCAUCACUGAAUAUCUCCAGGGAAGACCUGAAGAAUUUGAUUUACUCGGCAAACAAGCUGAACUACAGCAUGGUGUGGACCCUCAUGGACAGUUUAGGCCAGGAACUGAAACUCUUGGUGGACACUCCGAAUGGCACCAAAGAUCGACCGGCCACCACUUGCACAGAGCUUUUGCUGGCACGGCCCCACCUCUCAGAUGGAUAUUAUUACAUAGACCCCAAUCAAGGCAGCCCACAAGAUGCUUUGGUGGCAUUUUGCAACUUCACCGCUGGAGGAGACACCUGCAUUUCUCCUCUGCAAAAUCAGGUUCCGAUCAAGGCUUGGCUGAGAGAAUAUACUUCGGAAGACAUUUUCCAGUGGUUCAGUUCCUUACCUGAUGGCUUUCUGUUGGAGUACCAAGGUUUGAGCACAGUCCAGCUCCGCUUCUUGAAGCUUCACAGCAGCCGGGCCACCCAGAAAGUGUCCUAUUCUUGCAGGCCCCAAGCGGAGGGCAGCAAACCACAGCUGGAGAAGGAGAUCCGAUUCCUUGCAGACUCCCAAGAGGAGAGCUACGUAGCCACCCUUCAAGGAUGCAUGCUGGACAAUGAAUCGUCUAUCAUUGACACCAUCUUCCAUUUCUCCACGGAGGACCUCUCCCUUUUGCCCUUGCGCGAUCUGGCAGUCUUUCACAACGGAGAUAUCUCCCAUCACUUUGGGUUCACAGUGGGGCCGGUUUGCUUUAGCUAAGGUUCCCUUUGAAGGGACGAAAUGACUCCUUCCUCUUGCAAGGAGGAAAAAGCUCAAAGAAAGGAAAAGAUGCCAAGAGGCCUCCUACAGAUCCAUCAGGGUUUUGAAAACCACAACUCCUGUUGAUGCAUUUCCUUGUCUGUAUUGCCUUGCGCCAAAGACUGUGCUUCCUUUGGAAGGAUGAAGAUGGAUCAUUUCACGUUUACAAGGACAUUGCUUGUAUAGCCUAGAUGCAAUUGCUAGUGGCUGCUGGAGUAAACCCAUUGAAUCAAUGGUAUCUACAUAGUGCUUCCGAUUGAUUCACUGAGACUCUAGCUGGGACUACCCAUUAGGCCGCCGCACCCCUUUCUCUAGGAAUAUAUCUGUAUAAAAGAUGUUAAUUUAAGUAAUAUUGGAGAUGUUAUUGGUUUACCUUGGGGUGCGGUGUGUCCACUUUUUAUGCCUUGUAUGUUUUGCAUUGCAGGAGAAAUCAAUAGGUGGGAUCUCGUCCUGUUACCCCAAUAUGAGAAUGGAGAUACAGGGAAAGCUUCACCUGUUGGUUUCAGCCUGUUAAAGCAAUGGUAAGGGUUUUUGAGAAAUUCGUCAUCUCUUCUAGGCAUUUGCUAUGCCCUCCAGCGUGACUCUAUGGUCAACUUUCCAGUGGACGCAUGCAAUAGAACUCCAUUGGAGGACCUAGAAAAUGCCUAGAGAGAACGUAUUUUGCGUAAGCGAACCGGUGUUAUGCGAACUCGCAUAGUACACAGCCCUAUUGUAGCUUCCAGGUCUGUGUUUCGACUUCGUUUCACAUCCAGCAGAACUCUUUCUCUAUUUCCAUGGAAUAGUACACACAAUUCUGCUUCACGUUUGGACGCAUAGAGACAAUAGUACACAGAUGUGUAAUACCCCUCUUGGACAUUGCAGGGUGGCCUUUCAGAUAAUACUGAAAUGUUAACAAUGGAGUCUGCCUAAUGUUGGGUAGAUUGAUAGUUUG